AUGCAUGUCACUUACUUACCGAUGAGCUGGAAGUCUGGUGAUAACUACUGUUAUUUGCUAACCGAUGAAGAGUCGAGUCAAUCAUGGUUGAUCGACCCGGCCUAUCCUUCGGAUAUAAUGGAUUAUCUCACAAAAAAAAAUAAGACUGAGGUUGCGAGUAUAGUGAAUACGCACCAUCACUAUGAUCACGCAGGUGGAAAUGGUCAAUUGCUUUCGUCACUUUACAAGAGCGUGCCUGUCAUCGCAGGUAAGGAUUCGCCUUACGUUUCGUAUACUCCAUCUGAUGAGGAAGUAAUCCAACUAGGAAAGAAUAUUGAGAUAACUGCCCUACAUACUCCAUGCCAUACACAGGACAGCAUUUGCUACUAUGCGAAAGAUAAAUUGACGGACGAGAAGUGCGUUUUCACGGGUGACACCUUAUUCACAUGCGGAUGCGGCCGUUUCUUUGAAGGAACUGCCGAGCAGAUGAAUACAUCUUUAACCAAGCUUAUGAGCCUACCUGAUGAGACCGUCACUUACCCUGGCCAUGAGUAUACUGCGUCAAAUGCUAAAUUCGCCAAAACGGUGUUUGGCAAUAACAACAAGGCGUUAAACGAACUGGAGAAGUUUGCAAAGACUCAUGAAUUUACUACAGGUAGCUUUACCAUCAAGGACGAGAAAGCCUUUAAUCCGUUUGUCAGGUUGACAGAUCCAUAUGUGGUGCGGGCCACGGGAAAGAAUGAUCCAAUUGAGGCGUUGGCAGAGCUCAGAACUAUGAAGGAUAUAUUUUAA